GCAGCAGCUGGGGCUAACAGCGGGAGCUCACCCUGCUCCCCGAGUUUGAUCCGGCAACCUUUCGUUCAGCAAGUUCAGUAUCUCAGCGCUUUCUUUCGUGAGCUAUGUCUGCAGUUUGGCUGCAGGUCGGACAAUGCGGCAACCAGAUCGGACAGGAAUGGUGGCAAAUCAUUGCAAACAAAAGAGAAUCUAAUGCGCCCCUGUUCGGCUCCCUUGACGGCAAACUCAGUGCCAUCUGUGUGGACAGCGAACCCAAAGUGGUGCGAAGGCUGCAGAAACAGAUUGGGAGGAAAGCCUUCAGAGAGUCCAACCUCAUUGUAGGGAAGGCCGGAAGAGGCAACAACUGGGCUUAUGGUUAUUAUGGCUCCAAGGGUGAAAGGGACUUGUUUAGCCAGACAAUGGAGAGCCUGCGGAAGGAAGUGGAGCGCAAGGACUGCUAUUGCGGGACAGUGCUCGUCCACAGCCUGAGCGGUGGAACUGGAGCUGGCCUGAGUUCCCGGCUGUGUGAAGCCAUCAGGGAGGAGUAUCCGCUCGGCCGGAUUCUGUCCGUCUCGGUGGCUCCGCAUCAAAGUGGUGAAAGCUCUCUUCAGCACUACAACACCUUGCUGUGCCUUUCCUGGCUGCAGAGGUUCGCAGAUGGUGUCCUUCUCUUCCAAAACGAUGAGGUGUUGAAGCGAGCGGCAUCCAUGCAGCAGAAGGAAGGAGAUGAUGCUUCAGGGCAGGUCUCCUUCGCCACCAUGAACGCCUACAUCGCAUCCUGCCUGGCUGGGCUUUUCCAUCCGCUCAAGAUAUUCACGACACAAAGUGGGAUCAGCCUUGGGCAGGAGCCCUGGGAACUGCUGCGGUCCGUCUGCCCCAUGCCGGCCCUCAAGUUCCUUCACGCAGCUCAAAGUGGCACACGGGGGACGGUGCUUUGGGAUCGCUUGGCAUCUUCGGUGGCGCAGCCCUUGCCUCGAGAGUCUCCUCGCGGAAACCCUCACCACAGCACCGCCCUUCUCGCCGUGGCCCGGGGUCCCCAAGAGCACAGCUUCCUCCUGAACCCCGAUUUGGUGCUGCGGAAGCUCAAGCAGGCCUACCGCUGCAUCCCCUGGAACCCCUUUCCCGCCACUUACUGGACAGACCCUUCCUCUGGCCUUGCGGCUCCGUUCGGUUGCCACCAUCACACGCUGACGGUCUGUGCCAACCACAGCAGCGCAGCCGACUUCCUCCAAAGAGUGGCGCAUGGGGCGCACGCCAUGUACGAGAGCCGGGCCUUCCUCCACUGGUACCAGAGGCACGGCUGUGAGGAGGGGCACUUCGGGGAGGCCUUUGAGACGCUCCGUUCCGUCAUAGAGGACUACCACCGCCUUGGGGACUGACGCCAUUGGGUUUGGGCAGGGAUGAUGGAAGCUGUAGUCCAGGCAUAGGCAGACUUCGGCCUAUUGAAAACGAUUGCAAUUCAUAUUUCUACGGGCAACUACUGUCUUUCCCCAAAACAUGUACUUAUUGCCUGGAAAAGUCACUCUGCCUGCUCCCUUUAGGAGCUUCAGCACUGGAAGAAAAGCCCUUUGCCAAGACUGUGGUCAUCACAAGGGAAGAAAGCAGCCAAACAACACUAUUUCCUCCCCUCAUUGGCUCUUCUGCAGAAAGGAUUAUGGAGGGAUAGUGUUGGAGUUCAGCCUGUGAUUGUGUCUAAUGAUCAGGGUACUCUGGGUGUUGGGAAUGACAAUGAGGUUGAUUGUAUUGUCAAAGGCUUUCAUGGCUGGAAUCACUGGGUUGUUGUAAGUUUUUUCGGGUUAUAUGGCCAUGUUCUAGAGGCAUUCCCUCCUGACGUUUCGCCUGCAUCUAUAGCAAGCAUCCUCAGAGGUAGCUCUGAGAG